AUGUCAAAUACUGGCUCCUUGCCCAUUAGGAUAUUUUCAAAAGACAUAUUAGCAGCUGUUAAAAAUAACGAUGUUAUUGUAGUUAUCGGCGAAACAGGUUCUGGCAAGACCACGCAGCUGUCGCAGAUCCUAUAUGAAGCCGGCUAUGCAUCCGACGGUAUGAUCGCCGUCACGCAGCCACGCCGCGUGGGCGCAGUCACCGUAGCGAAGCGCGUGGCUGAGGAGCGUGGAGUUCAGCUGGGUCGGGAGGUGGGCUAUGCGGUGCGGUUCGAGGACUGCUCGUCGUCUGCCACACGCAUUAAGUACCUGACCGACGGCACCUUGCUGAGGGAGUGCCUGGAGGACCCCCAGCUAAAGCGCUAUUCGAUCAUCGUGUUGGAUGAGGCUCACGAACGCUCCCUCAACACCGACAUCCUUUUCGGACUGCUCAAGCGCCUGGUGCGCAGCCGCAACACACAACGGGCCAAGGAAGGGGAAACGGAGGCAGGCAGCAGCAGCAGCAGGGCGAGGCGGCUAAAGCUGGUCAUUACUUCCGCCACGUUGGAUGGGGAGAAGUUCUCUGCCUAUUUUGGCAACUGCCCGGUAUUCAACGUGCCUGGUCGAUGCUUCCCGGUGGACAUCAUCCACACGUUGGAGGAUCACCUGAGCGACUACGUGUCAGCCGCCAUCGACACGGUGAUGCAAAUACACACCAGUCAGCCGGACGGCGAUAUCCUGAUGUUCCUGACGGGGCAGGCGGAGAUCGAGAAGGCCAUCGGCCGCAUCCACCAGGCGGUGGCCUCCUUGCCGGCCGGCAGUGCGGGGCCGCUGGUGGUGCUGCCGCUGUAUGCCAGUCUGCCGCCGGAGCUGCAGGUCCGUGUGUUUCGCCCCGCUCCCGAGGGCACCCGGAGGUGUAUUGUGGCGACCAAUGUGGCAGAGACGUCCAUCACAGUGGAGGGCGUUGUCUACGUGGUGGACCCGGGAGUGGUGAAGCAGAAGAGCUACCAGCCCGCAUCCGGAAUGGACAGUCUAGACGUGGUGGCGAUAUCCCGGGUGCAGGCCACGCAGAGGGCGGGCAGGGCGGGCAGGACCAAGCCGGGCAAGUGCUUCCGGCUGUACACCCGGACCUAUUACGAGCACAAGAUGCCCAAUGUGACCGCCCCCGAGAUCCAGCGGUCCUCUCUUGUGGGGACGGUGCUGUACCUCAAGUCGCUGCAGCUGGAGGUAGAUGUGCUCAACUUCGACUUCCUGGACCCCCCUGCGGUUGGGGCGCUGGAGGACGCUCUGCGGCAGCUGCUGGUCCUUGACGCCCUGGACAGUGACGGCAAUGUCACCCCUCUGGGCCUCCGGAUGUCGGGGCUGCCUCUGGAGCCGGCACUGGCCCGGGCACUGCUGGCGGCCAGGGAACUGGGAUGCGUUCGGGAGAUGAUCAGCGUUGCGGCCAUGCUCUCAUCCGAGCAUGUGUUCCUGGCGGGCCAAGGGCCCGGGGAUGUGGCAGCAGGGGACCACCCGCAUGGGCAGGACAGCCGCAGGUAUGUUGGACUUGGGGACCACGUGCUGCUGCUGCGGCUGUGGGAGGGCUGGGAGGCGGCGGGCUGUAGCAGGGAGUUCGCCCGGGAGUACGGACUGGACCUGAGGGGGCUCAACUUCGCCCGCGACAUUCGCCGACAGCUGGACGGGCGGCAGCAGCGGCCGUCUUCCCCCCAGUGCCGCUGGGGUGGGGGAACGGCUCCUGGGGCGGCCCGGGCGAGUGCAGCGCAGGUGGACGCCCUGCGGCACGUCCUGACCAUUGGGUUCGCCAACAAGCUCGCCCGGCGUCUCCCCCGCCACAACGGCUACAAGACCUUGCACGCGGUGAGCGGCCAGCUCGCCCAGCUGCACCCCAGCUGCGCCCAGCUGCGGGAGGACGCCGACGGGCUGCUGCCCGAGUUCCUCGUGUACCACGAGCUGGUGGCCACCUCUAGACCCUUCCUCAGACAGGUAUGCCCCUCGCGUGCUGAGUGGGUGGCGGACGUGCUUCCCAAGAUUAUGUCCGCGGAUGUACGGCGGCUGAGUCAGGGCUCCAGCCGGGGGUUGGGGGGAGCUGCUGGUUCGGGGCAGCCGCGUUCACCCGGGGGUGGGGAUGGUGGGGGUGGUGGCGACCGGGGGGGAGCAGGGGGACCCCAGGAGGGCCCGGAGGCGCGGCGCAACGAUGACAAGGCCGUGGAUGCAGCCCGAGCCAGGUACCUGGCACGUAAGCAACAGCAGCCGCCGCAGCCUGUUGGCAAGUCAGGGCACAAGCGAUGAUGCCGGUCAGGUGGGGUAGGUGCUGCUUUUGUUGUGUCGGUGUCCUUCCACACA